AUGGAUGUUCCAUGUAGAAUGCCUCCAGCUGAAUAUCCUUUAGCCCAGGAAUUGGUCGAGUGGCUGCAAGAAGCUGUGAACUACAAUGACAAGAUCGAGCUUUGCGAGUUUGCUUAUAUCCACCGCAAUUCAGUGUAUAUUAAGCAACUUGCGGCUCUUGCGUCACAGGACGAGAACGGACUGGACCCUGCAGGCCGGCGGUCAUCGUUUGCCUUGGUCAGACAUCAUAUUUUGAGACUUGCCCAUCACAUACGGGCACCAACCGAGCUGGUCGUCGACUCCUACGAUCUGGCACAUAUAUUACACACAUAUGAAGUUCGCGGCAUUGAUCCAUUUCUCGGUGUACCAGCACCAGUACGUGACUCACAAACCAACCUUCGCGGAAUCCUGAAUCGUAUGUACAGGACAACUGGAGAGGAAAGGAAAAUUGUCGAGGACGGUCUUCUGUAUCUGGACAGAACUUCUAAUUUCAUGAUCUUCGAGCAUUUCAUGGAUCAAUACGAGCAAUCCCAUCCUCUGGUCCAUGCUGAAGUUCAAGUCUUGGAGCUAUUUCACAAGGGAGAACUUUCCUUUGCAUAUGGGGAUCGAUUCGUUGCUUGCAGUAAGCCCGCUUGUCUUUGCUGCGAGCUAUACUUCAAGCACCAUCCAGCGCGUAUGGUGGUCCCUUCAUCACACCGUAAAGUCUGGACAAAAUGGAGCCCUCCGCUGGUGAAAACAUUUGCCAAGGAUGACAUGGUGGCUCGAGAGCAAACAGAGAUUAUGAACAAGAUAAUACAAGAACUUCGUGGGCAGAUAAUUGAUCAAGUCUUGCGGCGCUCGCAAGCUAGUCGCUGGCAUCCAGAUUCUAAAACCUGCAUUACGGAGACCCGUUCUUUGGGUCAUUUCAAAUCGUUUGGAGAGCAGGAUAUCGGCGAUGAUUCAUCCAGCAAAUCCGUGGCAAAUUCCCUAAAUACUUCAGAAAGCGAGGCUGAGGUGGGGGUAGAUCAGGAUGUUGAUUCGGAAGAUGGAGGCGUGUGUCUUUUUCCUUGA